UCGCACUCGCGUUUUCGUAUUCUUUCGUUGUCGGCAUCAGUAGAAGAAAAGUGAGCCGCUUUCACCGCUUCAAUCGGACCAAUUCCGGCUUUCCGAGCUGCAAUCUCACCCCAGAAGGAUGGCCUCCAGCACCGAAGAUUUCUACCUGCGAUAUUACGUCGGUCACAAGGGUAAGUUUGGGCACGAAUUUCUCGAGUUCGAAUUCCGCCCGGACGGCAAGCUGCGAUAUGCCAACAAUUCCAACUACAAGAACGACACCAUGAUCCGGAAGGAAGCCUACGUGCACCAGUCGGUGAUGGAGGAGCUGAAGCGGAUCAUCGUCGAUUCGGAAAUCAUGCAGGAAGAUGACUCGCUGUGGCCACCCCCGGAUCGCGUCGGACGACAGGAGCUGGAAAUCGUCAUCGGAGACGAACAUAUUUCGUUUACUACCUCGAAAACGGGUUCGCUGGUGGAUGUCAAUCAGUCCAAGGAUCCGGAAGGACUCCGCUGCUUCUACUAUCUGGUACAGGAUCUAAAGUGUCUGGUGUUCUCACUGAUUGGUUUGCACUUCAAAAUCAAGCCCAUAUAAGCUGGAUUUUCGGACGGUACGGUAUGAACACGCUCAUCGAUUCAUAUUAUUUACUAAAAUAGUGUAAGUUUAAUCAUUUUCCAAAACGUGUGAACUAACGAGAA